AUGAAAACAUUUACUUUAUAUUUAGAAAUUUUUGCAUUUCUUCUUUUAAUUUGGAUAUUCCCUUUUUUUUACAACUAUGAUUCCAGUAAGUCUUUGAUUAAUAGAGAUACAUUACAAGCAAAAAUUGGGUUAAAGCACGAAAGAAUGUUAGCAGAGGCUGAUAUAUCAGAAAAAAAAUCAUCUUAUAUUAGAAAACGUGUAGAAGAAUAUCCAUCUGGUGAAAUGAAUAUAGGAAAUAAUGAAUUGAUUCAUUUAAUGGAUAUGUAUUUGAAAUGUUAUAACGCUAAUUCUAUGGCAACGUAUGUAGAAGUUUUAUUUAAAGUAGAAAAUGAAAUGAGAUAUAAAUGUAGAGAUAAAAUAUUGAAUGCUUAUCGAAAUAAUAUUUCAUAUGAAAUAGAAAUAGAAAAACUAUCACUGACUGAUUAG